AUGUCCCUGCUGAGUCUAGACGCGCAACGCAAGUACGACGCUUUGGCCAGCAUUAGCAACCUCAGCCAAGUGAGGAAUGAGGAUCAAAAUUCUACUUUCUGGACUUCGGGGUCGGACGAAGGCUGUGAGUCGGUUUUCGGAUUCUGUUCUGCAAAACGGUUGUUCCGCGGCGAGGCAAAGUGGCUGCCCGGACAGCCAGACAAUGCCGGAGGAAAAGAAAACUAUGUGGCAGUGCAUAUUUGGAGCCAAAACGGACAAGUUCUGCUCGCCGAUUACGAUGGACAGAAGAAAUUCAGAUACAUUUGCGAGAAAUUAGGCAACCCUCAGUCAAAGAGUGGAAAGCAAGCGAUGGUGGACGAAUGUUCAUUCAUAUUCAACGUCACCUCAACCGAAAUUGACUUGCUGCGAAAUGCGACGAUAUUUGAUAUGCGGAUAAAAUGCUUUUUGCAUUGUGUUGGCGACGCUGUGGGCCUGCUGAUCGGUGGGAAGAUUGUGGCGAGCGAUAUAUUCGCAAUGCUGGAAAGUUUGAAUAUGACAAACGCAGACGAGCUGAUGAAAAACAUGGCCAUCGUGGACGAGUGCAAUAAUAAAACUUAUGGAAUGGACGAGUGCGACAAGGCGUACCAAUUAUCAAAGUGCGCCAGGGACAAGUCGCCGGCGGUUUUUGACCAGAUUAUUAAAGACCUGGAUAAGAAGGCGGCAGACAAUGAUGAACUCGUUUCUAAGGCUUUCGGAUGCGCGAACUCUUCAACUAGCUACACCAUUGACGUAGUUGCAAGGAACAAUCUAACAUCGCUGAAUCUGAACGCUUCAACGUGCGUCGACUACUUCAACGGAGAGUGGGUCUGCAAAUGCAGCGAUUUGAAAGUUUACCAUGUCAAAUACCAAGCUGCAAGUUACAAUUAUCUAGAAGCAAUUAAGUUUUGUUGCGAGCGCGGAAUGCGAUUGUUGACCACGCCAAACUUUUUUGCAGCCACAAAAUGCAUGCAGGCGGUGGGGCCCUCUUUUUUUGAAGUUGGAAAUCUUUCCGUUAACGGGUACUCAAAUCGGUUCUGGACGAUGACAAACUCCAUAGUCGUUGACGUGACGAGCGGAUUCAGCUACGAUUGCCAAACGCAGACGGAUUUUCUACCGCAAAAACUUAACACCAGUUACUUAAUUUAUUUUGAUCCCACGGCCGCGUAUGACGGUGGGUCGCAGGUUAUGUGCGCUUUCCUUGAUGGUGGGAAGCCGAAGUUCAAUUUCAAUUCAGCCACUACUGCGAAGCUGCCAUUCAUAUGCGAGGAAAUUUUUUAGUUUGGAAAAUAUUACGAAAA